CUCGAAUGCGGUUUAUACAUAGAUACUAACUCUAUGAUAUGACUUUUUCAGUGAGCAAUAAAAGUAGACGAGACUAAGGAUCGCUAAAAAUGUCAGCCCUACUUUUCGUGGUUUUGCUGCUGAUGACCACCGCAUGUAACGGCGAACCAGAUGGUCAACAGACAUCGCCAUCUCCGCCUCCGGUUGUCCAGACUCAGCUGGGAGCAAUCAGCGGAAGGAUGCUGACUGCCAAGAACGGGAGACAAUACGAAGCUUUCCGAGGCAUUCCGUACGCCAGGCCACCUGUAGGAGACCUGCGCUUCUCGAAGCCCCAGCCUCAUCCUGCUUUUGACCAGGGACACUUUGAUGCCAGCGAGUUUGGAAAAAUGUGUUGGCAGCAACUCUCUGAACGGGGUGGUGUGAACAUGUCCACCAUGAGCGAGGAUUGUCUUUUCCUUAACGUCUUCAGACCUCAUGAGGAAAUGCUUCCGGACCAAGCACGAAGGGAUUUGCUACCUGUGUUCGUUUACAUACAUGGUGGGGCAUUUGUAACCGGCAGUUCUUCUAGCUAUGACCCCGGUCAACUUGUAGCGGAUGGAAAUAUAAUCACAGUCACCAUGAACUACCGUCUGGGCGCUAUUGGAUUCCUCAGCUCGGGUGAUUCAAGGCUACCGGGCAACUACGGGCUGUGGGACCAGCAUCUGGCCAUCAGGUGGGUCAAGGACAACAUCCAAGCUUUUGGAGGUGACCCUGAGCAGAUAACAGUUGGAGGAGAAUCAGCAGGGGCAAGAAGUGUGUCUCUCCACAGCUUGUCGUCUUUUUCUAAAGGACUUUUCAACAGAGCGAUCCUGCAGAGUGGAGCGGCCACAGCAGGGACAACCAUCCAAAAACAUCCUUUGCAGAACUUGCAGAACUUGGCUCGUGAUGUCAGGUGUCCACUUCCUGGCUCAUCGCUACCCUCAGGGGGUGUUUCAUCGGACCAGGACCUGCUGACCUGUUUGAGGAACGUGUCCCCAGCGGAACUGAUGACUGUAGGGAAUUCAGAGAAUACAUUAGCGAGAUUCGCAUUAGAAAUUGUUUAUGCUCCCAGCGUGGAUGAAGAGUUUAUUGCAAAAGACCCCGUUAACAUGCUCAAAGAAAAGGAAUUUCUUACCCAGGUGGGAUUCUAUGAUCGAGAUUACCUCAGUGGAUGUGUCAACAACGAAGGAGGCAUUUUUCUUUACUCUCUAGGAAGAGCACUUACGGGCAACAUGUCGCUUGUCUUACGCCCUGACCUCUACGACUUUGACCUCGUCCCCUUUUUGACAGAAAGUAGGACUGGAAGAAACUCACCCUUGGUGGAGGAAGUGGUCAAAUUUUUCUACACCUUUCCAAGAUAUCCAGAAACCACACAUCUUGACUUGAAGCAAGUACUCGACACUGUAGGAGACGCCAUCUACUACGUCCCGGUCACAGAAUUCGCUCGUGCCGUGGCCGGAGGUCAAAGGUCAAACCGCAGAAAUCUCGUCUACUUCUUCGACCACUACCCUGCCUUCAUCGCCGGAGGGCGACUUGGCACUCUGCAUGGAGUAGACUUAUUCUAUGAGUUCGAUCUCAGUCUUUCUGAGAUUGGAAAUGCCAGCCUCUGGAAUUCUGACGACGAACACCUGCGUCAGAAGUUUAUGGCAAUAAUCGCGGGCUUUGUGAAGACAGGGAAUCCUGCGACAGCAGUUCAGUCACAACUUCAAGAUGGCUGGAGAGACUUUGAUCUUGGAGAUGAAAGCUAUCUGUCCAUAAAGCCCGACUCCUUGACGAUUCAUCGUCAUCUUCGUGCACAAGCAGCCUCGCUGUGGAUUGACCUCAUUCCCAGUUUACUUGAUCCCACUUACUUACAAAGAAAGCGCACAUCCUCGCACGUACCCACUUUGUCCGAAUUAGUCGGGUAGUCAAACUGCAUAAAAAAUAUUCCCUAUAAUUCUCCAGCUUUUUUUUAUUUCAUAAUGUGUUGAGAUGAAGUCAAUUUAUGAUCUUUCUAAUUAAAUUUCACGAGA